AUGACAUACUUAACAGAUGUCUGGAGCCUUGACACUACGUUUGCUGCUGCAAUUGUAAAUGUGUGUAAUGGUGUAGAGACCGUAAUGCCUAUGGGCAUGGCGUUCCUUGUAGAUGUUUUCUUGGGUCACCAUCGCAUGCUCGAGUACUCCAGUAUUAUGUAUAGCUUUGGGAUGAUGUUCUUGUUUUUUUCCGCACUAUUUUCUGGAUGUUAUGAAUCUGAUGAUCAAGACAGGCCAGAUUGCAUGAUUGGUAAUAUCCCAAUUGUUGUGUUCUACAUAUCAUCACUCUUCACAGCCAUUGGGGUAUCUGGUCAUAAGGGGAGUUCUCUGAUCACCACUAUUUCUAGAGUCUUUGUAGCCUCUACUUCCAAGAAGUUUUGUACCCUCCCACCGGAUGAUCAACUCCAUGAAAAUCCACGUAGUUCUCACUAUGUGCCUCACACCAAGGGCCUCAGAUUCCUUGACAGGGCUGCCAUUGUAGUCCCAACCCAACCCGUAGAGCAACAAGAACAAAAUAGAUGGAAACUUUGCUGUGUAACAGAAGUAGAGGAAGCAAAAAUCUUUCAAAUUGCAGAAUCCAUGUUCGCAAUAGUCACUACGAAGUUAAUUAAAAAGGGAUCAAGAAAAUAUGCAGCCGCAAUUGGAAACAUAGCAGCAACGAUAAUUUCUAUACUUUGUUGUAUCACGGCUGCUAAAGUGGAGACCAGGAGGCUGGAGGUGAUCAAAAGCCAUGGGUUAAUUGACAAACCUGAUGAGCAAAUCCCAAUGAGCAUGUUCUGGCUUCUUCCACAGUUUCUCCUUCUUGGUGCCCUUGAUGGAAUCUCUCAUAACCUUCUUAGUGAUUUCAGCAUUGCUUGUUUCUUCAACGGUGAAGUUCCUGACUCCAUAAGCUCCUACUUGCGAAUUUUCAGCAAUAGCGUAUUUGGAAUUGGAAUUUGGGGUGGGGUCCUUUCAGUUUACAUAGUGCGUAAGGUCAAACCAAGUUGGUUUCGGAACACACCGAAUGGAAGUCGUUUGGAUAACUACUAUUGGACACUGACAAUUUUCAGUUGCAUAAAUCUUGUCUACUCCAUCUUGGUGGCAUUUUGGUACCGCUAUCGACACUCGGCAAUUGAAAAGAUUGGAACACCAGAGUCUCAAUUAUCUGCCCGCAUUGAAAAUGAUAUGCAAUGCGAUGUUGCUGUUGUUGUGGUAUAG